AUGACCCGCCGCGCUCUUGUUCUGGACGUAUGGCUCCCCUCUCCGCAUCCCCAGCUGCGGUUCCAGUGUCAACCCGUUCCCAGCAUUAAGGACGGAUUAGUCCACAGCGGGUCGUCGUUACCCAAAACCGCUCCCACGUUUUCCGCAAUGCCGUAUCUCCCCCCGCGCCGAUCCGCUGCUUCCGCCGGGCGCUCCGCCGACUCCACGAAACCGUCUCCUUCUACCGACUCUUCCCUCUCGGGAUCGUCGCGGAGCGACAGUAUAGCACCUGGAGAGAUCGACUACUCGCAGCUGCCGUCAGAUCUGGACCCGAGCCGGCUGCCGAGACACGUGGCGAUUAUCCUGGAUGGGAACUCGCGAUGGGCUGCGCGCAAGGGGAUGCCUAAGAUGGUGGGGCACGAUGCGGGGGUUAAAUCCAACAGGGAGAUCGUGCGGCUGUGCGGGGAGUGGGGAAUCCGCGCGCUCACCGUGUUCGCGUUUUCGACGGAGAAUUGGGGACGGCCUAAGGAGGAGGUGGACUUUCUCAUGGAGUUGUUGGGCACGUUUCUUGAAAGCGAGCUGGAUGAACUGCACAGGCAACGGGUGGCAGUGCGUGUGAUUGGCGAUUCAUCACGUCUUAGCCCUGAGCUGCAACGCAAGAUAGAAAAGGCACGCGUCCACACACAGGAUAAUGACGGGUUGCGUUAUAGCAUAGCAUUCGAGUGGACUGAACGGCAGACGGCGGUGCUAUUGUUUGCGAACAUGACUCCUCUCUCUGCAUCCGCGUCCGCCUUUCGCGGCCCGUCAGACUUCCCUCAGUUGUCUUCAUCGGGCGUGCCGUCGACCGCUGUCGGAGCCUUGUCAGAACCCGUUUCGGAGCUGUCCGAUGCGCUGCACACUGUUCUUGCGAACGGAUUUGUCCACAGCGCGCGGCCGUCAAAACCAGAAGCUCCUGAAACGCUACUACCCGCAAUGCCUUACCUUCCCCCGCGCGAUUCCAUCGCUUCCGCUGGUGUAGCACAACCCCGCAAUUCCGCUGCAAAGGCGUCCCCCUCCGCUACCACCGACUGUUCCCCGUCGACACCCCCGACGAGCAAGAACGUUUCCGGACCAAACGAGAUCGACUACUCUCAGCUGCCGCCGGAUCUGGACCCGAGCCGGCUACCACGCCACGUGGCAAUCAUCCUGGAUGGGAACUCGCGGUGGGCGACGCGCAAGGGGAUGCCGAAGGAGUUGGGACACCUGGGGGGAGUGAGUUCGCUAAGCGACGCUGUGCGACGAUGCAGCGACUGGGGCAUUCGCGCGCUCACCGUGUUCGCAUUCUCCACCGAGAAUUGGAGCCGGCCCGAGGCGGAGGUUAAUUUCCUGAUGUCCAUGAUGAGCAGGCUGCUGGUUGAGAAGCUGGAUGAGCUGCACAGUCAAGGGGCAGUGGUGCGCUUCUUAGGCAACGUAUCAGAACUCGACGCUGAGCUGCAGCAUAGAAUCCAAGUUCUUCAAGACACAACACGGGACAACCAGGGACUGCACUUUUCCGUCUCCCUGAACUACAGUGGCCGUCAGGACAUAGUGCAUGCAUGCCAGCGAAUAGCAGAGCGAGUGGCAGCUGGUGAGCUUCAACCUGAGCAGAUAUCAGAGUCUUCAGUGAGCAAAGAGCUUGCAACGAGUUGGCUCGGGCCGGACCUGGCAAAUCCUGACUUGUUGAUUCGGACGAGUGGGGAGCUGCGGCUGAGCAACUUUCUGCUGUGGCAGUCGGCUUACACGGAGCUGCACUUCUGCGACACUCUCUGGCCCGACUUUGGCGCGCCCCACCUGCAUGCUGCUCUCCUUGACUACCAGCGACGAGACCGACGCUUCGCGUUGACUCUUCUCGCACAUUCGCAAGCAAACCUUCACUCAUCUGCUUUUCUCCUCCGAUUCAUCCGCUUCCUUCACUGCCUGUCAAAUCUCUCGUUGAUUGUGGAAUCGUGCACGACCGUCGCGAUGGCUGCAAUAAUAGAGGCGUCGCUUGCCGCAACAACCCUGUCCGCCAUCGCCCGCCCGCCACUCUCCUCCAGCUUCAUCCCUGCGGAACGCACGGCGUCGCUGCCGUCCCUCACCACCGCGCUCCGCGCUAGCCGAUUCAGCAAACGCACCCACGCCAUCGCCGUGCGUCCCGCUGCAACCUCCUCCUCUUCCUCCUCCUCUUCGUCGUCCCACCCUCAAAAGGCGUACUCGUACGCGUAUUCCGAAGCCCCAACGGCCUCCUCUUCCCUGGGCUCAUCGCUGUACGAGGAAUCCACAUCGGAUUUGUCGGACGAAGACUCGUCCGAGGAGGGCGCGCGCAAGGACUUGAUGCACGAGGCGGUGCGGCGCCUCGCGGACACGGACGUGGCGGAAGCCGCCGCGAAGUACGGUCUGGAGGACGAGCUGUUCGGGGAGAUCGACUUCGCGCGGAUCAGCUCCUUCACCAAGGAUCCGUUCGGCGGCAACCCCGCGGCGGUGUGCUAUCUGCCGUACCACCCGUCCGACGAGUGGCUUCAGAAGGUCGCGGCGGAGUUCAACCUCUCCGAAACCGCCUUCCUCGUGCGCCGCCGCGCCAGCUCCCCGCCGCCCCCGCCCGGGCUGGACGAUGAGUGGCCCGAGCAGCAGCGGCAGUCGCUCGUCGCGGCGGACGAGCGCGGCGCGCUGCGGUCCGUUAAGGUGGCGCCGCCGGUUAACGAGUUCGACUUGCGCUGGUUCACUCCCACGGUCGAGGUGCGUCUGUGCGGGCACGCGACGCUAGCGGCGGCGCAUCUGCUCUUCUCGUCGGGCCUCGUCGACUCGGACGAGGUCGUCUUCCACACGCGCUCCGGCCGCCUCGCCGCGCGCCUCGUCCCCGAGCACGAGGCGCACCUCGGCGGGCGGGAGAAGAAGCCGCACUCGAACCGCCGGCACAAGCGGCGCGAGUGGGAGGAGGAGGAGGAGGAGGGCGAGCGGGUCGGCGUGGGCGGACGGCGGCGGCCGAGCGGGAAGGCGAUCGUGGAGCUAGACAUGCCGCUGGCGGCGGCGUCCGCGCUUCCGCUGGACGAGUGGGCGGCGGUGGAGGAGGCGAUCGGCGUGCCGGCCGGUACCGCUCUCUUCGUGGGGCGCAGCAAGCUGCACGAUAUCAUGGUGCACGUGCCGCAGACGACGACGGUAUUGGAGCUGGACCCGUCUCUUAAGAAGAUCGCGGUGCUGCCGUGCCGCGGCGUGAUCGUGACGGCGGCCGCCAGCCACGUGGACGCCGACAUCAAGGCGGCGGGCGGCAGGGCGGCGGCGCUGGACCCCAACAUCGACUUCGUGUCGCGCUACUUCGCGCCGCAGUCCGGCAUUGACGAGGACCCGGUGACGGGCAGCUCGUUCUGCACGCUCGGCCCCUACUGGUCGGAGGUGCUCGGGCACAAGCAGCUGCUCGGAUACCAGGCGUCCUCACGGGGAGGCAUGGUGGCGGUGAGGGUGGAUGAGGCGCACGGCAGGGCGUUCCUGCAGGGGUGGGCCGUGCUGGUCAUGGCGGGAGUGGUCAUGAACACCGCAUCCCCCGCCAUCACGCACCCCGCCACCUCGUAA